CCCCCCCCACCCGAAUUGAGGGAAUAAAAGACUUCCUCCUAUUACAAUUCGACGGCGGAGAAACCGAUUGCGCCAAUUUCGCCGGCGACGGUGAGUUGAUGAAGAAGAUGAAGCAAGUUAUAGAGUGCGAGGAAGAGAAGAAGCUUCCGAUGAAGCGGCAAAUGGACGAUGGAGAAACCAACUGCUCAACCUCCGCCGGAGACGGGGACUUAAGGAAGAACCUGAGGCGGAAGCUGAGGCGGUGUUGUUGGAUGAGAAUCUGACCAUGUUAUCUUCCUGUUUGCGCAAACGGUUUUUCUUCUCUGAAACUUAUGGAAUACUGCUUGGAUCUUAAUAAAGUAUAAAAUAGUUUAUCAGCUGUGAAGAAUUCAUUACAAGUUUGACGAAACUAUAGAUUUAAGUACUGAUUUCAAUAAAACUAACGCGAAACACGGCUCUGUCACUGACUAUAAACCCUUAAUGUGCUCGCCCUUAAAAUUAAAAUAUUCGAAAAGCAUUCAUUCUGAAUGCGGAGAUUGCUUUUCUAAGUCUUGUAUCAUGUGCUUAUCACCUGACUAGGAAUUGCUAACGUGAUUACUCCAAGUUUUACGUCAACUUAGUUAUUUAUAUAGAUUUAAUUUCCAAUCUCGAGAUUAGAUUUGCUUCUAAAAGUCGGUGAAAUAGUGUGCUUCUCUGUGCUAGUCACUAAGAUUCAUCUUUAGCUUAAUUGAUGGAAAUGGAAGAUCAUCUCAAGUCAUACACUCAGAGCGAGAACAAAUGCUUCUCCACAAAAUUCAUCAGCAUUUUUGUUUCCUCCUUGUUUCUGGUUUUCAUCCUUUUUCACAUUCAAUACUCAUCCCCUUUUGAUUUCACCUUAUCAACGUCCCAAAGAUGGGCUUUUCUUUCCCAAGAGAAUAACUCUGAUGUCAUUGAGACCAUCACUGCAGAACUCAAAGACUCUGUCACUUUUCUUCCCCUUACGGACCUUAGAUUUAGAGAAACGGCCACAACUGGCCACACCUGGUUUAUGAGCUCUUUGAACGACACACUCGAGGAAAAUGAAGCAGAAUACUUGUAUUUCCCUUCUAAGGCAUCCAAAGGACGGCUUCUUUGCUUUAAGGGACGGGAUAUUAAGGAUGGCACAAAGAAUUCAUAUGUGCUGGCAUGGCGAGAAGGUCUUCCCGACUCUGCUAUUCUACUGGAAGGCUUAACGUUUGUAUCAGACACAUAUUACGACCACCUAAAUCUGUGGCAUGGAUUAUGUGCAAUGGCCCCUCUAGUGAGAUGGUCAAUGAAAAAUGAGUGUUUGAAGCCAUCAAGAUGGGUGCUAUUUCAUUGGGGAGAACUGAGAUUAAGAAUGGGAUCAUGGAUUCAACAACUUAUGCAAGCGAAUUUUGGUGAAGUCAAGGUGGAAGGAUUUGAUAGAGGAGAUGUACCUUACUGUUUUGAGAAAGCCAUUGUCACGAGGCAUGAUCUAGGCCAAAUGAGUCUGGACAGUAAGCUGAAGGUGUUCGACCUGCUGCGCUGCAAAGCUAGGAGUUACUGUGGCCUUAAUCCUGCAGGCAAAGGUAAAGAGAUGAAUGAAAGAGGAUUUCCAAUUAUAAGACUUACACUGCUGAUGAGAAGAGGUUCCCGCUCAUUCAAGAAUGCAACUGCUGUGACUGAUAUAUUUGCAAAGGAAUGUGCAAGGGUCGAAGGCUGCAUUCUGCGUGUAGUUCAGUCAGAAGAUCUAUCUUUCUGCGACCAGGUAAAAGUGCUGACCAACACUGACAUUGUUGUGUCUCCACAUGGAGCGCAAUUAACUAAUAUGCUCUUCAUGGACCGAGAGAGCAGUGUAAUGGAAUUCUUCCCAAAGGGUUGGUUAGAGAAUGCUGGCCCGGGCCAAUAUGCUCACCACUGGAUGGCGAAUCAAUCAGGGAUGAAACAUCAAGGUGCAUGGUGGGAUUCAAUAGGCGAGGAGUGUCCAUCUCCACAAGAUCAUCAACAGUGCUUUCAUUUUCAUAAAGAUGGGAUGGUUGGACACAAUGAAACCUAUUUUGCAGAAUGGGCUAGAAGAGUCAUUGAUCAAGUUAAGCUAAGCAAGGUGGAGCAAGCCUCUGUUGAUCAAGCAAACAAGCAACAAAAUGAUUCAAAAGCAUGUGUAUGCUAGGCCUUCUGUUAAAGCAUUGAAUAGAACAACUAAGGGUAUAUUUUAUAAGAGUUAAAAUCAAAUGUAUACACUGUUUUGCCUGA